AUGGGCACACCGUCUCGCGAAGCUCCGCUCACAGCCGCCAACAAUAUCCAGCCGUUCUUUGUCCUUCACAAGGCGUCCGCUGGUGCGUCCGCAUCCGUUUCCUCCCCGGCAACCUCCCGGGCCCGGCGGCGAAUCGAGGUCUCCCAGCCGUCAUCUCCCAACCCCAAAUCUGCAAAGAGGCCGCGGGACGACGACGAUGAGGGGGACAUGGAGCUGUUCGAGCAGCUCCGCCUGGAGGCCUUCCACUGCACCUGGUCCAAGAUCCAAUCCACCAUCAAUGAGGUCCUCAGAGGCAUCAACCUCAAGCUGUUCGACCAGGUGCUGCGGUGGGUUCAGGAAUCCUUCUCCGCGAUCCGCUCUAUCACGAGACCCUGCCCUGCCGAAAUCCAGCAGCCGUACCCUCUCUUAACUGAUGUGAUCUGCAGAAAGAUACCAACGGCGUUUGUUCUCACUAAGAAUGCAGAAUUUGUUGACGAUGUCACGACAUUUCGGGAUCUCAUGGAUCAUCUGGAGUCUAAUGGAUGUCACCUGGCCAAGCUCUCGGCAACGGAAUUAUCAUCAAAGAAUGGAGUCGGUGGCUGCUUAAGGAGCUUGUUGAGGCAGCUGCUUUCAGACGUUCCAGAUGUAGCAGAUGUAUCUGCACUUGCAUCUUGGUACUGCAAAGGCGACAAUUAUGAUCAACCUAUCAUUAUCAUAAUUGAUGAUUUAGAGCAAUGCUCCGGUGAUGUCCUGGGAGAGCUUGUGAUGACGCUGAGUGAGUGGGUAAUUAAGAUUCCAAUCUUCUUUGUAAUGGGGAUAGCAACUACCCUUGACGCACCAAGGAAACUGCUCUCAUCGGAAGCUCUUCAAAGAUUAGAUCCCUGUAAACUCACGUUGGGGUCUCCCUCUGAUAGAAUGAAUGCCCUUGUGGAGGCCAUCCUUGUUAAACCAUGCGCCGGUUUCUGCAUCAGCCACGAAGUUGCAGUCUUCCUCAGAAAUUACUUUUUCAGACAUGAUGGGACAAUAACAUCAUUCAUUAGUGCUCUCAAGCUUGCAUGCAGUAAGCACUUCUCUGUCGAACCUUUGAGUUUCUUGUGCAUGGGAAUGCUUGAAGAGGAUUCUGAGAACUUUUGGCGUGAUAAAUUUGGUGCACUGCCUGUAGCAGUUCAGAAACAAGCUUUUGGUUUACCCUCAUGCACUAGGGAAAAUAACUCAAUCAAGCCUGGCAACAAUUUGGUAGAAGGUUUGUCUGAGCUGAUGAAGCUGCAAAAGGAUUGGAGUUCUGUUCUCUUGUGCUUGUAUGAAGCUGGAAGACAUGGCAAAGUGCAACUUUUAGAUAUUUUCUGCGAGGCAAUCAAUCCAGAUCUGCACACUCAGAAUGAUUCAAAUAAUGAACUGCUUAUGUCUAAACUCACAAGUGGGAAUCUAUCAAGUGGAAAAUCAGGUGCUGGUAGAAGAUGUAUAGCUCAGGCAUUGGAUACAGCAAGAUACAUGCCUAUGGAAACAUUAUUUCGUGUUCUUGAAGUUUGGAGCACCCACUUAGAAGGAAUGAAUGAGAUUAAUGCCAAGGUCAAAGAGCUUCAGUCAACCACAACCAGUGAAGAUUGUGUGACAAUCACAAAGGAUAAGUGGCCUAGGAGAUCAGCAAAUAGUACUGCAAUUGGAACAGUGCCAUUAAACGAUAAAGCUGCCAUGCUAUUGGAUGAUAUUACGAGAAAACUUUUGGUGCCUGUGGAGUGUUUACCUUUUCACGAAAUCAUUUGCUUCAAGAAUGUUGGUGUUCUCCAAUCUGCACUAAUUGGAAACCCAAGAAGAAUGGUUCAGCUUGAUCUCCUGAAGUCACAGAGCCGUCUUAAUUGCUCUUGCUGCAGCAGAAAUGGAAUUGCUGUGUCAGCAUCCUUGCAUGACACAUCAGUUAUGUGCAACCUAGCCCAAGAAUAUGGUGACGUAAUUAACCUCCAUGACUGGUACCUGUCUUUUGAUGGAAUUAUCAAUUCAAAAGGGAAAAGCAAAUUGGUCGGUUCUCCCUCAAAAAAGAAAUCAAAAGCCACGCCUCAACAGAGUGGAGCCAUGAUCCAAGCACGGUUCUGCAGGGCUGUCACGGAGCUCCAAAUUACUGGACUUCUUCGAAUGCCGAGCAAGAGAAGGCCAGAUCUGGUGCAGAGAAUUGCAUUCGGUCCUUGA